AACAAAAAGCGAUGAAAAGGAAGGACAUUUAAGUUAGAUAGUUCAUAGUGUGUUAAUUAUAUCUAAGUUGAUAAAGUUGUCGUGCUACUCGUCCUUUGUGACGGCGACAGUGAUUUUGCGACAGCUUCAAACAGUGAAGGUGAUCGAGAGGGACUGAGAGAGAUGGGUCCAACUGAGAAAAAGGCGAGUGUGCUGUUGGAUAAGAAGCUGCUAGUCUUCAUGGACCAACUAGAACUGCUGGAAGAGAAACGGGAGAAACUUAACUCACUGAUAGAGCAGGGAUGGUUCUUCAUGUCAAAAGCCAGAUAUUCCAUGGGCAAUAAGCAGGUGUCUGCUCUGCAGUAUGGGAACGAGAUGGAACCUCUUGUCAGAGUCAACACCAGGAGACUGGAAAGUGGUGAGGCAGCGUUCCAGACAGACAGAAAUACUCAGACAACUCCUGAAGAGAAACCGCUGGCAGAGAAACUGGUUGAAGACAUCGGACCUAAAGACACAGAGGGUUUGAGGAGAAGAACCCAGGCUAAAAAGGUUCUGACAACAGAGGAAGGUGGCCAGUCAGCGACAGAGACUGAGCUGUUAAGAGAAUCAGAUGACAUGAAACCUCCUCCCUCCUCCAAACUGGAACACAACCCUCAGCAGAACCCACUGAGGUGGUUUGGUGUCCUGGUGCCACAGACCCUCAAACAGGCCCAGGUGUCCUUCAGACAAGUGAUUGAACUGUCAGCAGAGGUUGCUGCUCUCCAGUCUGCUGUGCUGGCAACCAGAAAACAACUCCAGCAGCAAAUGAUGGAGAAGAACAGCCCCCAGACAGAAGGACAGUAGCACACUGAGCAGAGCCCUUAAUGGCAGGACAGUCGCUGUAGCAUAGCGUUGUAUAGAUUACUUCACUGGGAGCAAAUAGCAUUGUAAUUCAGUCAAUAUGGUGGGACUUCGAUUUUCAUUGGUUAAUCUCUGCUGAAGACAUGAUGGAUGUCAUGUAAUCAUUACUUUGGCAUUGUGUUCAGGAGUGAUCUACCAGAUCAUUAUACUUACACUGAAUACAUCGCAAUGGAGAUGCUAACUCUUACAUGGCAAUUGUGAACUGGGAAGUUUGAGCCAUGAAUGCUGUUUGGCUGAAAGACAUGGUAUAGGAGGCCAUAAUUGUGUCUAGUGCUUUUGAAGUACAUUUUGGUUUGACUGUAAAAAAAUUAAACAGGCUUUCAAUUACAAUUUACUUUUUUCAAAAUAUGAAAUGCUUAAUGGAGUAAUGACAUUCAUUGUGAAGUUGAUUGUGGUCCCUGCCAAAUGCACAACCAUAAUGUAGCUCAUGUUUGUCCAACAAUUUUUCAGUUAUUUGCAGUCUUUAUUUAAUUAACUCAAGUCAGCAUCUCAUCUGUGCUCACAUAAGCAACCAGACCAUUAGUGGCUCGCUAGUGGCCAACUGCCUAAUGCUACAGCAGAGCAAGAUAUAUUGGUAGAUUAUAUGGUGGUAAAGGUAGAUCCUCUCAUAUUACUAAAUUACAAGUGGAUUUGAAACAUAAACUGAACUAGUUAUUUUAAAGUGUCAUUGGUUUUAUGUUGAAAUAUUUGCAAGGAAAUAAAACUGAAAUAUGUUGCUUG